GAUGAAAGUCUUGAAAGAUUAACACGUGAUAGCGCAUUAUUAGAACAACAUUAUAGUCAUUUUUUCGACUUAAAAAUUAUUAACAAUGAUAUUGAAGAAACAAUUACUCAACUUAAACGUGUAAUAGAUGACUUUCAAAUUACUCCACAAUGGAUACCAGUUACAUGGGUCUAUUAAGUAUGAUUCAUUUAAUCAUGAUUAUACAAUGUUGUGAAUAAUGUUACAAUUGGAC